GGCACUGUACUGCUCGAUAUAUGUACAGGGAGAACAGCCUUAGCUCAAACCUGAGAAUGGGAGCUUUUAACUAACACCCGGCAUCAAAACCAGCAACACCCACAGCCCUGUGGUCUAUCUGCAUCCUCAUCUCCAUCCUCAUCUGAUACAGUAAAACAUCCUGCUGCAGUCAUGUCGACCUCGGCCAGUUCACAGCUAAGCAAGGCCAUGAAGCAGAUGUAUAUGACCCUGCCACAGGGAGAAAAGGUUCAGGCGAUGUACAUAUGGAUUGAUGGGACCGGAGAAGGCCUGCGCUGCAAAACACGCACCCUCGACAGUGAACCCAAGUCGAUUGAAGAUCUCCCUGAAUGGAAUUUCGAUGGCUCUAGCACACAUCAGUCAGAAGGAUCGAAUAGCGAUAUGUUUUUGAUACCAGUGGCCAUAUUCAGAGACCCCUUCCGCAGAGACCCCAACAAGCUUGUGUUCUGUGAAGUGCUGAAAUACAACAGGAUGACAGCAGAAACAAAUCUACGACACACUUGUAAACAAAUUAUGGAUAUGGUCACUAAUGAACACCCCUGGUUUGGAAUGGAACAAGAAUAUACUUUGCUUGGAGUGGAUGGACACCCAUUUGGUUGGCCCUCCAAUGGCUUUCCAGGACCUCAAGGUCCUUAUUACUGUGGUGUAGGAGCAAAUAAAGCCUAUGGGCGCGAUAUUGUAGAAGCACAUUAUCGAGCAUGCCUUUAUGCCGGAGUGAAAAUUGCAGGAACAAAUGCAGAAGUUAUGCCAGCUCAGUGGGAAUACCAAGUGGGUCCAUGUGAAGGAAUUGAUAUGGGAGAUCAUCUGUGGAUCUCCCGCUUUAUCCUGCACAGAGUAUGCGAAGACUUUGGAAUUGUGGUUUCAUUUGACCCUAAGCCCAUUACUGGAAACUGGAAUGGAGCUGGCUGCCACACAAACUUUAGCACAAAUCGCAUGCGAGAUGAAGGAGGCCUCAAGCAUAUAGAAGAAGCCAUUGAGCGCCUCUCUAAGCGUCAUGAAUAUCACAUUCAAAGCUAUGACCCCAAGGGGGGUUCAGACAAUGCACGUCGUUUAACAGGUUUCCAUGAAACCUCCAACAUCCAUGAGUUUUCUGCUGGAGUGGCAAACCGGGGAGCAAGUAUCCGCAUUCCCCGCCAAGUGGGACAAGAGCAGAAAGGCUACUUCGAAGACCGACGUCCAUCGGCCAACUGUGAUCCUUAUGCUGUGACGGAAGCCUUGAUUCGAACCUGCGUGCUGAAUGAAACUGGAGAUGAACCUGUUCAAUACAAGAACUAGAGAGAUGCAAAAGGCAGAGAUGGCAACUACUUUGACUACUUUGUCGAGUUUCUUUCCCAGUUCUGUUUUUAUCCUUUACACUAGACCCAAGUCCCUUGUAAUUCCUUGUCUUUUAGAUAUAAGACAGGGACAUUGCUAGUAUUUUAUAGAACACAAAAGUUUCUCAUAUUUCUGAUUAGCCUGGUUUUAUUCUCUACAAUCUAAGUUUCUGAUGCAUAAAAUAUCAGGAAUAGAAGAAUUUACAAAAAUAUAAAAGUAAUUGGUGAAAUGCUUUACUUUCACUAUAAAGUUUAUAUAAAUUAAGCACAAGGUAGAAACAGGACUGGCCACCAACCCAUCAGUGGGACAGCUCCAGAUAAUAUAUAUAUUUUUUAAAGGUGUUUUCCAUGCACCAUGAAAAAUAUAAGCAUUCCUCGGACCUGCUGAAGAAUGAUGGUUUUGUUCAUACUUACCUGUCCUCCACGACGUUGAUGCUGCACUUGCACAGGCUGUAAGCUCUUCCGCUCAGGUCCCGACCACAUGUACAUGCUUCUUUUCAUGUUCAGCUGCAUAGUAGUAAAUGUAACUGAACAGGAAGACUAGGGAACAAAACCGGUUGGGAGCCAAGCAGAAGAGCUUGCAGUCUGUGUGAGGGCAUUGGACAACUGGAAGAGCUUGCCGCCUGUACAAGUGCAGCCCAGAUGGUGGCAUUGGUGGCACGGCGGACAAGUAAGUAUUAACUGCAGGUCUGAGGAAUUCUUGCAUUUUUCAUAAAUGCCUAGAGAACUCCUUUAAUGGUAUGACUAGCACAAGAUGGAAAGGUCAAUUUAUCGUAAUUGUCAGGGCUGUCCCCAAAAUUCUAUAUUUAUUAGAAACUCAGCCCCUAAUUUUGCAAAGUAGUGUAAGAAAGAAAAUAAUUCUUAAAAUGUACAGUAGGUCACAAAAUAAUAUCUCUAAGCAUCUAAAAGGGCACAGAGAGAUAUACAUGGGAAUAGCAGAAAGAUCUAUGUGGAGGUAGCAAUCUGUACUCUGCCUCACUGCUCUCUAUGAUAACCACUAACAAAAGAUACGGAGGGGGGAUCUUUCAUUCACCCUCAAACUUAUGCCAGGUACUCAUUCAUUUGACAUGUUCUUGGCUGACCCUGCUAGCCAGUUGCAAUUCUUGGAGCAGGAUGCAGUGAGAUCUCUCAAGUGAACCAGGGGUCAUUUAAUGUGCCAGGACAUCCUUGGGGCUGUCCAUACAUGGAUGUCCCUGAUCAUUGUAAUGUUGUCUUUUGGGUCCAAAUUUGUAGUAUUUUUCUAUUUACGUGUAAAUGAAGUCUACCGUAAGGUUUGGAAGAUGGGAUGAUAUGUAUUGAGGUGUUUUCAAUAAUAAUAAUAAAAAAAAUAUAUAAAAAAAAAAUCAAGGUUUAAGUUGGUGCUAAGCAAAAAGUAUACGGUAAUGGCACAAUUCAUCUCAUGGGCAAGGAGAGUGGGAAAUAUGUGCAGACCUUGAUGGAUAAGUGUUGCAAAUCCAUCACUGAGUUUGUUAAUUCCAGGGCAAGCCUCUAGCAAUGCCCUUGGGAACUUUAUGAAUGUUAAGGAGACAUCCAAGAUUCAGGACAUUGCAUUGGAAACAGAACAACAGACAACAGCGUCAACUUGUGAUGUUUACACUCGUGCUCAGCGCAUCUCGUCUUUAGAAAUUUCUCAUCCUGUUCACUUUUAAUAAACAAGAUAACUUGGCGAUCUGUGAAACAUAUAGGUCAUUUUGAGCUUGGUCAAAAACUGAUUUGUGUUUGACGUAUUAACAUACACUUCCAAAGGUUUUGGUUUGAUAAGAGCUGGGCUAAUAUUUAAUCUUUGCUCUUAGGGUACAUGUACUACACCACUACCUAACUUGCACUGCAAGGUGACGUACCAGCAAAUUAUAAUUUUCAGUGCCAAGCGACAAGAAAAGAGAAAAGAAUUUUAUUUUCCCAUGAAAUUUGUCUGAUUGAUAUGCACACAUGUGAAAUACAUUGAUUUCUCCAUGUUUGUGAAUGGGUCUCGGGUAUUAAUGGCAGGUUAGGAAUUACUGCUUCUGACUCGCAUCUCAUUAUGACAUAGUCUGGUUUUUAAAAUAGAUUUUGUUUUUCUUUUUAUAAUAAAAAAAACUAAAUCUA